AUGGAGGACCAACAUUAUGGAGACUCUCUCUUCCCAACCUCCACCCUCAUUCCUGUUACCACUAUUUGCAUCCUGCUCUUUGUCAUUGGCAUAACUGGCAACACCAUGACCAUCCUCAUUAUUCAGCGUUUUAAGGACAUGAAGACCACCACCAAUUUGUAUCUCUCCAGCAUGGCCAUCUCAGACCUAAUCAUCUUUUUUAGCCUCCCCUUCGACCUCUACCGCCUUUGGAAGUACGUACCCUGGGUUUUCGGGGAGCUGGUGUGCCGUCUAUCACACUACAUCAAUGAAGGAUGCACCAACGCCACCAUCCUCCACAUCACAGUGCUCAGCAUGGAACGUUACCUGGCCAUCUGCUUCCCUUUCAAAGCCAAGGCUGCCAUCACCAAGCGAAGGGUCAAAUAUGUCAUCCUAGCUCUUUGGGGUUUUGCCCUACUGUCUGCUGCGCCAGUGUUCUUCCUGAUGGGUGUGGAGUAUGAAAACGAAACGAUGCCUGACCCAGACACUCGGCAGUGCAAGCAUACACACUUUGCAAUCGAAUCAGGGCUGCUGCACACUACCAUCUGGGUGUCGACUGCCUACUUCUUCUGCCCCAUGUUUUGCCUGCUCUUUCUGUAUGGAUCCAUCGGGCGUAAAUUGUGGAAGAGUCGUCAUGAGUUGCAUGGGCCCAAUGCGGCAGCCAGACUGAAGGUUAAUAGGCAGAUCGUCAAGAUUCUGGCUGCUGUCGUGUCAGUCUUUGCCAUCUGCUGGCUUCCUUACCACAUUGGUCGGUUCCUCUUCACACAUGUAGAUGACUACCACUCUGCCCGCCUCAGUCAGAACUUCAACGUGGCCUCCAUGGUGCUCUUCUACCUGAGUGCCUCAAUUAACCCCGUCCUCUACAACCUCAUGUCCAACAAGUACCGCUCUGCCGUGAAACGCCUCUUUUUCUUGCCCCAUAGGCGCCACUACGGGCCCAACCGAAGGCAUAUCUCGACCCGUGAUGACUUAACCAUGUGCACAGAGACGUUAAAUGGAGUGAAGGAGACUGCACUGACAGAGGAGGGUUUGCGGUAA